GCCAUGGAUGGGUAUCUCCAUGGUGGCCGCUUUGCUCAUCAGCCCGUCUGUCAUGCUCAGGGUCUUGGGGGCUCGAGGUCCCUCCCGCGCCCUGCUUCCUCUCCCGGCCCGGCUCGGCUCGGCUCUGCCCCUGCUGUGGCCGGUCCCGGAGGCUCCGGGCGUCGGAUCCGCGUUGGGCCCCGGGGCACACCGGAAACAACGUCACGGGUCCCGGCGUGGGGAUCGCGAGCCAGGCCGGAAGUGGCUCCCGGAAGCCCAGGGAGGGCGGGCAGGCGAGGGACGGAGGAGCAGGAGGAGGAGCAGGAUGGAGCAGCAGCAGCAGCAGCAACUGCGCAGCCUGCGGGACUUCCUUCUGGUCUAUAACCAAAUGACGGAGCAAUGCUUCCAGCGCUGCGUCUCCAACCUCAACUACCGGACGCUCACAAGGGAUGAGGAAGCCUGCUUGGACAGCUGUGCUGGGAAACUUGUGCGCUCCAACCACCGCCUGAUGGCUGCCUAUGUCCAGCUCAUGCCCUCCAUUGUCCAGCGCCGGAUAUCCGACUACGAGGCAGCCAGCCAAGUGGCUCAGCAGGAGGGCAGCCCACCAGUGACUCCAGCUGUGUCCCUCCCAGGGCCCAGCAUCAUCAGUACCUCCUAAUGUGACCCAGGAGUGUCUGCCAACUCAACGCAGCAUGGCUUCAUCCACACGGCAGCACAUGGGGCAGCCUGCUUGUGGCUCGUGGCUGGCUCUCAAUGGCUCCUGCAGCCUGUGAGACUGCCACAGGACUCGCUUGCACUGUGGAGGCUGGACUUGAUGGCACCGGCAUGGAUGGGAUGGUGUCAGCCGCUCCACCUCCUUCUUAGGCCCAUUUCUCCUGACACAUCUCAGUGGGCUGUUUCCUGUGACAAUAAAACCACUUUCUUGCUCAGAUCAUUCUGAUGGGCACCUUCUAAAUUGUAAAGUACUAUUUGGGACGUACUUUUUUAAAAGUAACAAAAGCUACAACAACAUCAA